GGCGCACGCAGGUCUCUUGCGGCCAACGGGCCGGAGUUCGCGGAGCCGCCGCCGCCGCCUGUCCUGCCGCUGCGCGCGCCAGCCGCCGCCACCAUGGGGAUCCUGGAGAAGAUCUCCGAGAUCGAGAAGGAGAUCGCCCGCACGCAGAAGAACAAGGCCACCGAGUAUCACCUGGGCCUGCUGAAAGCGAAACUCGCCAAGUACCGAGCCCAGCUCCUGGAGCCGUCCAAGUCAGCCUCGUCCAAAGGCGAGGGCUUCGACGUCAUGAAGUCGGGCGAUGCCCGCGUGGCGCUGAUCGGGUUUCCUUCUGUGGGUAAGUCCACCUUCCUGAGUCUGAUGACCUCCACCGCCAGCGAGGCCGCGUCCUAUGAAUUCACAACCCUGACCUGUAUACCCGGGGUCAUUGAGUACAAAGGCGCCAACAUCCAGCUCCUGGAUCUUCCUGGAAUCAUCGAAGGCGCAGCACAAGGGAAAGGCCGCGGCCGGCAGGUGAUCGCCGUGGCACGCACAGCAGACGUGGUCAUCAUGAUGCUGGAUGCUACCAAGGGAGAGGUGCAGAGGUCUCUGCUGGAGAAGGAGCUGGAGUCGGUGGGCAUCCGUCUCAACAAGCACAAGCCCAACAUCUACUUCAAGCCCAAGAAGGGAGGUGGCAUCUCCUUUAACUCGACAGUCACGCUGACCCAGUGCUCCGAGAAGCUGGUGCAGCUGAUUCUGCACGAGUACAAGAUCUUCAACGCCGAGGUGCUCUUCCGCGAAGACUGCUCCCCAGACGAGUUCAUCGAUGUGAUCGUGGGCAACCGGGUUUACAUGCCCUGCUUGUAUGUUUAUAACAAAAUCGACCAGAUCUCGAUGGAAGAAGUGGACCGCCUGGCCCGGAAACCCGACAGUGUGGUCAUCAGCUGCGGCAUGAAGCUGAACCUGGACUACCUGCUGGAGGUGCUGUGGGAGUACCUGGCCCUCACCUGCAUCUACACCAAGAAGAGAGGCCAGAGGCCGGACUUCACGGACGCCAUCAUCCUCCGGAAAGGGGCCUCCGUGGAGCACGUGUGCCACCGCAUCCACCGGUCACUCGCCAGCCAGUUCAAGUACGCACUGGUGUGGGGCACCAGCACCAAGUACAGCCCGCAGCGGGUGGGCCUGACACACACCAUGGAGCACGAGGAUGUCAUCCAGAUCGUGAAGAAGUAGCGCCCCCGCCCUGCGCCCCCUGGAGUCCAAACCGGGAAGAUACAAAUACAUCCCAGGAAGGGGGCUCUCAAGUCUCUGCUGUGUCCAGAAGUCUCUUCAGUGGGCAGAUGAUGAAGAGUGUGCUGGGUCAGCAGGACGGGCUGGGGGCACGGGCUGGGUUGGCCCCUGCCCCCAUGGGCACCGAGGGAUCAAGUUGCCCACCGACCCGCGGCCGCGGCCCCGCGCAGAGGGCAUGCUCGGAGCUGGGCCUGCCUGCGCCCUGGGAGGCAGUAGUUACUGUGGGGUCCCCUCAGCUCCGGCCAGCUUCUCUGGUUCUCAGGGAGGGGGCCUCCCAGGACAGAAACCCCUAACGCCCCUGCCCUGAGUCUGCCCCACGAUGGAAGCCAGGGGUCCGGGGCCUUAAAGGUCCAGAAGGGCUGCCCUCUCUCAGAGCAGCCGUUGCCUGGUACAAAGCCCGGCACCGAGACCCUGUGCAGACAGCUGGGGUGGGGGCUUUGCGGUCUGGACUCUGGGUUUUCUAAGUCCCCCGUCUCAGCUCCCCUUCCUGAAAUAAAGGAUGAAGGCAA